AUGCGAGACAUAGCAUUACCUCAGGAUGAUUGUGAACAGAGCGGUGCCGACUCCGACGAUGUUCAGGACAAUCGGGACGACUGGAAUCCCGGUGAUUCAGAUGCUGACCAUGGUAAUGAGAGUGCUGGCAGCGGCGCUAGUGAGAAUGAAGACCCAGGUACUACUGCGAUGCUGCUUUUUGAUGAGGUUGAGGUCGCAUCACUCGUCACCGACAAGCAGCAGGAAGCAUCACAUGGCACUUCAAAAUCGGAGUUUGUGCGAGAUCGCAAACAAAUGACCGAGACUCCAACCUGGGUUGAUCUUGACGUCGAUGAUGCUGUUUCGGAGUCUAUUGAAGAUCCCACUACUGGCGGCGAGUCAGAAUUUCUGUCUGACAAUGAAGACACUGUACCAAAAUUUACCUCUGACACUCUGAGUCAAGCAUCGAAGACUAGGAGUAUGGCCUCUCUCGUUCAAACAGAAGGUGGAAAGGUGAAGCUCCUUGAUCAGAACUCAGAGACUCGCAGACUUCUUCAGUCUGCAAUUGUGGAAGUCAAGUUUGACAAGAAUCAAGUCGCACUGCAAACAUUGAUAGCUGUUGCCACGAAACAAGGUGUGGAUGUGAUCAAGAAACAUCUUCAAUCGGACGAACAGUAUGCGUUACAGCUCUGUAGCUUGGUGGAUGCUUGUGUUCCGAUAAUGCGUCGUGAGCUGAAGGAAGAAGCAUGCGCAAAUGCUGAUGGCUACUUUUGCCUUGGACACAAGGACACCGCAAAAGCGAGAAGACUAUUGGAGAAGCUUGCAUAUAUCUAUGUUUUGAAGUUCGAUAUCAACAAUGAUGCUUUACCCGUCGGGAAGAAGCCCUACCAGGGUGAACUUCUGAUAUUCUUAACGUAUUGGCAGCUCUUUUAUAACCAGAAGUCUGUCGGCAUCAAAUUUGCGGGACGCUUCAUCGAAAUCGCCAACAAUAAAGCACAGCGUCCUGAAGUUCCUAUCCCUUUGCUGGCAUUGGUUGCAACUGCGGUGUAUGCAGCCCUUUUGUGGAAGUCGCAAGGCGCACCGUCUAAAUUCAACUUCACGGGAAACCUGUUCAGUGAGACGUACAACUACCAUGUCAGGUUCCUGGAAAAACUGAAGAAGGAUGCGCCAACAAAAUUCCACUGUAUGAUGGCCGAUAUUUACGACGCUGCACAUAAGUUGAGGUACAGCGGUGCCAAUGCCAGUGACCACACUAGUGAACUGGAAGCAUUCGAGCUCCUUGACCUCAACAAUAUGAUGGAAGACUAG